UCUGAUGGUUUUAUACUCAACCAAACUAGGACAAAACUGACAGUAAAGUUGUAAAAAUGUAUACAACUUUUCAUUUCUUUAUGGCUGUAGCAGAAUCCCUUUAUAGAUGGUAUUGUCAAAAGAGCUAAUGAUGAGGCUAUUACUUUCUGCUCUAGACUUUGUAUCAGACCCUCUCUGUCUCUGUCUCUGUCGCUGUCUCUGUCUCUCUCUCUCUCUCUCUCUCUCUCUCUCUCUCUCUCUCUCUCUCUCUCUCUCUCCUCUGCCCUCCCCUUCCAGGUAUGUUAACCUUUAACCUCCUGUGUUUUCCCUGGUGGGGGCUGAUAUCUGUGUGUUCUCUCUUUCUCCCUCUCUCUCCCUUCUCUCACCUCCUCUCUUUCCCUCUCUCCCUCCCUCCCCUCCCGGUAUGUUAACCUCCUGGGUGUUCCCCUGGUGGGGGCUGAUAUCUGUGUCUUCUCUCCCCCUCUCUCUCUCUCUCCCUCCCUCCCCUUCCAGGUAUGUUAACCUUUAACCUCCUGGGUGUUCCCCUGGUGGGGGCUGAUAUCUGUGUCUUCUCUCCCCCUCUCUCUCUCUCUCCCCUCCCUCCCCUUCCAGGUAUGUUAACCUUUAACCUCCUGGGUGUUCCCCUGGUGGGGGCUGAUAUCUGUGUCUUCUCUCCCCCUCUCUCUCUCUCUCUCCCUCCCUCCCCUUCCAGGUAUGUUAACCUUUAACCUCCUGGGUGUUCCCCUGGUGGGGGCUGAUAUCUGUGUCUUCUCUCCCCCCCUCUCUCUCUCUCUCCCUCCCUCCCCUUCCAGGUAUGUUAACCUUUAACCUCCUGGGUGUUCCCCUGGUGGGGGCUGAUAUCUGUGUCUUCUCUCCCCCUCUCUCUCUCUCUCCCUCCCUCCCCUUCCAGGUAUGUUAACCUUUAACCUCCUGGGUGUUCCCCUGGUGGGGGCUGAUAUCUGUGUCUUCUCUCCCCCUCUCUCUCUCUCUCCCUCCCUCCCCUUCCAGGUAUGUUAACCUUUAACCUCCUGGGUGUUCCCCUGGUGGGGGCUGAUAUCUGUGUCUUCUCUCCCCCUCUCUCUCUCUCUCUCUCUCUCCCUCCCCUUCCAGGUAUGUUAACCUUUAACCUUCUGGGUGUUCCCCUGGUGGGGGCUGAUAUCUGUGUCUUCUCUCCCCCUCUCUCUCUCUCUCUCCCUCCCUCCCCUUCCAGGUAUGUUAACCUUUAACCUCCUGGGUGUUCCCCUGGUGGGGGCUGAUAUCUGGUCUUCUCUCCCCCUCUCUCUCUCUCUCCCUCCCUCCUCCUUCCAGGUAUGUUAACCUUUAACCUCCUGGGUGUUCCCUGGUGGGGGCUGAUAUCUGUGUCUUUUCUCCCCCUCUCUCUCUCUCUCUCCCUCCCUCCCCUUCCAGGUAUGUUAACCUUUAACCUCCUGGGUGUUCCCCUGGUGGGGGCUGAUAUCUGUGUCUUCUCUCCCCCUCUCUCUCUCUCUCUCCCUCCCUCCCCUUCCAGGUAUGUUAACCUUUAACCUCCUGGGUGUUCCCCUGGUGGGGGCUGAUAUCUGUGUCUUCUCUCCCCCUCUCUCUCUCUCUCUCCCUCCCUCCCCUUCCAGGUAUGUUAACCUUUAACCUCCUGGGUGUUCCCCUGGUGGGGGCUGAUAUCUGUGGCUUCUCUCCCUCCCUCCCCUUCCAGGUAUGUUAACCUUUAACCUCCUGGGUGUUCCCCUGGUGGGGGCUGAUAUCUGUGUCUUCUCUCCCCCUCUCUCUCUCUCUCUCCCUCCCUCCCCUUCCAGGUAUGUUAACCUUUAACCUCCUGGGUGUUCCCCUGGUGGGGGCUGAUAUCUGUGUCUUCUCUCCCCCUCUCUCUCUCUCUCUCCCUCCCUCCCCUUCCAGGUAUGUUAACCUUUAACCUCCUGGGUGUUCCCCUGGUGGGGGCUGAUAUCUGUGUCUUCUCUCCCCCUCUCUCUCUCUCUCUCCCUCCCUCCCCUUCCAGGUAUGUUAACCUUUAACCUCCUGGGUGUUCCCCUGGUGGGGGCUGAUAUCUGUGUCUUCUCUCUUUCUCCCUCUCUCUCUCCCUUCUUCUCUCACCUCCUCUCUUUCCCUCCCCUCCCUCCCUCCCCUUCCAGGUAUGUUAACCUUUAACCUCCUGGGUGUUCCCCUGGUGGGGGCUGAUAUCUGUGGCUUCAGUGAACAGACUGAGGAGGAGUUGUGUGUUCGCUGGACACAGCUAGGAGCCUUCUACCCUUUCACACGCAACCACAACGCUAUCGACCAGAGGGUAAGACCACAAUGCAGCCCUUACACAAUGCAGCCCCAACACAAUGCAGCCCCAACACAAUGCAGCCCCAACACAAUGCAGCCCCAACACAAUGCAGCCCCAACACAAUGCAGCCCCAACACAAUGCAGCCCCAACACAAUGCAGCCCCAACACAAUGCAGCCCCAACACAAUGCAGCCCCAACACAAACUGUCAUAAAAUGACUCUUUCUAUCUGUAUGUUCUCUGUGUCUACGUCUCUGUCUCCUCCCAGCCUCAGGACCCUCCAGCAUUCAGCCCUCUGGCCCGUUCAGCCAUGAAACAGUCUCUCCUGCUACGCUACUCUCUCUUCCCUCUGCUUUACACACUGUUCCACCGUGCACACACACACGGACACACCGUCGCUCGCCCUCUGCUGUUCGAGUGAGUACCAAACACACACACACUAUUACUACACAAGUUAUGUUCUUCUAUGCUCAUGGGGACCUAAAAGUCAUUUCCAUUCAAUAUCCUAUUUUCCCUAACCCUAAUUCUAACCCUAAUUGUAACCCUAAUUGUAACCCUGACCCUAAUGCUAACCCUAAUUGUAACCUUAAACCCCUAACCCUAAUUCUAACCCUAAACCUAACCCUAAUUCUAAACCUAACCCUAAUUUUAACCCUAAACCUAACCCCUAACCCUAAUUGUAACCUUAAACCCCUAACCCUAAUUCUAACCCUAAACCUAACCAUAAUUCUAACCCUAAACCUAACCCCUAAGCUUAAAAUAGCCUUUGUCCUCAUGGGGAGGUGGGAAAUGUCCCCACAAGGGAGAAUUGUCCUUGUUUUACUAUCCUUGUGGGGAAUUUGGGGAUUUUAGGUCUUCACAAGGAUAAAAGAACCAACCAACCUACACACACACACACACACACACACACGGACACACGGACACACACACACACACACAAAGCUCUUUCAGUAUGUUCCUGACUAAUGUGUGUUCAUGUCUUUAGGUUCCCCAAGGACGUGAGAACGUAUGGGAUAGACAGACAGUUCCUAUGGGGGAAGAGUUUGAUGGUGACACCAGUAUUAGAUCCAGGUGUGGACUAUGUAGUGGGCUACUUCCCCCAGGGACUCUGGUACGACUACUAUACGGUAAGAAUACAACUAUACAUACCAACUAUACAUACCCCUUAAUAACCCUAAGCCCAGGGACUCUGGUACCACAACUAUACGGUAAGAAUACAACUAUACAUAUCAACUAUACAUACCCCUUAAUAACCCUAAGCCCAGGGACUCUGGUACCACGACUAUACGGUAAGAAUACAACUAUACAUAUCAACUAUACAUACCCCUUAAUAACCCUAAGCCCAGGGACUCUGGUACACAACUAUACGGUAAGAAUACAACUAUACAUAUCAACUAUACAUACCCCUUAAUAACCCUAAGCCCAGGGACUCUGGUACACAACUAUACGGUAAGAAUACAACUAUACAUAUCAACUAUACAGACCCCUUAAUAACCCUAAGCCCAGGGACUCUGGUACACAACUAUACGGUAAGAAUACAAACUAUACAUAUCAACUAUACAUACCCCUUAAUAACCCUAAGCCAGGGACUCUGGUACACAACUAUACGGUAAGAAUACAACUAUACAUACCAACUAUACAUACCCCUUAAUAACCCUAAGCCCAGGGACUCUGGUACACAACUAUACGGUAAGAAUACAACUAUACAUACCAACUAUACAUACCCCUUAAUAACCCUAAGCCCAGGGACUCUGGUACACAACUAUACGGUAAGAAUACAACUAUACAUAUCAACUAUACAUACCCCUUAAUAACCCUAAGCCCAGGGACUCUGGUACCACAACUAUACGGUAAGAAUACAACUAUACAUAUCAACUAUACAUACCCCUUAAUAACCCUAAGCCCAGGGACUCUGGUACCACGACUAUACGGUAAGAAUACAACUAUACAUAUCAACUAUACAGACCCCUUAAUAACCCUAAGCCCAGGGACUCUGGUACCACGACUAUACGGUAAGAAUACAACUAUACAUAUCAACUAUACAGACCCCUUAAUAACCCUAAGCCCAGGGACUCUGGUACCACGACUAUACGGUAAGAAUACAAACUAUACAUAUCAACUAUACAUACCCUUAAUAACCCUAAGCCCAGGGACUCUGGUACCACAACUAUACGGUAAGAAUACAACUAUACAUACCAACUAUACAUACCCCUUAAUAACCCUAAGCCCAGGGACUCUGGUACCACUACCAUACGGUAAGAAUACAACUAUACAUAUCAACUAUACAUACCCCUUAUACCCUAAGCCCAGGGAACUCUGGUACCCACGACUAUACGGUAAGAAUACAACUAUACAUAUCAACUAUACAGACCCCUUAAUAACCCUAAGCCCAGGGACUCUGGUACCACGACUAUACGGUCAGAAUACAACUAUACAUACCAACUAUACAGACCCCUUAAUAACCCUAAGCCCAGGGACUCUGGUACACAACUAUACGGUAAGAAUACAACUAUACAUACCAACUAUACAUACCCCUUAAUAACCCUAAGCCCAGGGACUCUGGUACCACGACUAUACGGUCAGAAUACAACUAUACAUACCAACUAUACAUACCCCUUAAUAACCCUAAGCCCAGGGACUCUGGUACCACUACCAUACGGUCAGAAUACAACUAUACAUAUCAACUAUACAGACCCCUUAAUAACCCUAAGCCCAGGGACUCUGGUACACAACUAUACGGUCAGAAUACAACUAUACAUACCAACUAUACAUACCCCUUAAUAACCCUAAGCCCAGGGACUCUGGUACCACGACUAUACGGUCAGAAUACAACUAUACAUACCAACUAUACAUACCCCUUAAUAACCCUAAGCCCAGGGACUCUGGUACCACUACCAUACGGUCAGAAUACAACUAUACAUACCAACUAUACAUACCCCUUAAUAACCCUAAGCCCAGGGACUCUGGUACCACUACCAUACGGUCAGAAUACAACUAUACAUACCAACUAUACAUACCCCUUAAUAACCCUAAGCCCAGGGACUCUGGUACACAACUAUACGGUCAGAAUACAACUAUACAUAUCAACUAUACAUACCCCUUAAUAACCCUAAGCCCAGGGACUCUGGUACACAACUAUACGGUCAGAAUACAACUAUACAUACAACUAUACAUACCCCUUAAUAACCCUAAGCCCAGGGACUCUGGUACACAACUAUACGGUCAGAAUACAACUAUACAUAUCAAACUAUACAUACCCCUUAAUAACCCUAAGCCCAGGGACUCUGGUACCACUACCAUACGGUCAGAAUACAACUAUACAUACCAACUAUACAUACCCCUUAAUAACCCUAAGCCCAGGGACUCUGGUACACAACUAUACGGUCAGAAUACAACUAUACAUAUCAACUAUACAUACCCCUUAAUAACCCUAAGCCCAGGGACUCUGGUACCACGACUAUACGGUAAGAAUACAACUAUACAUACCAACUAUACAGACCCCUUAAUAACCCUAAGCCCAGGGACUCUGGUACACAACUAUACGGUCAGAAUACAACUAUACAUACAAACUAUACAUACCCCUUAAUAACCCUAAGCCCAGGGACUCUGGUACACAACUAUACGGUAAGAAUACAACUAUACAUACCAACUAUACAGACCCCUUAAUAACCCUAAGCCCAGGGACUCUGGUACACAACUAUACGGUCAGAAUACAACUAUACAUACAAACUAUACAUACCCCUUAAUAACCCUAAGCCCAGGGACUCUGGUACACAACUAUACGGUAAGAAUACAACUAUACAUACCAACUAUACAGACCCCUUAAUAACCCUAAGCCCAGGGACUCUGGUACACAACUAUACGGUAAGAAUACAACUAUACAUACCAACUAUACAUACCCCUUAAUAACCCUAAGCCCAGGGACUCUGGUACCACUACCAUACGGUAAGAAUACAACUAUACAUACCAACUAUACAUACCCCUUAAUAACCCUAAGCCCAGGGACUCUGGUACACAACUAUACGGUAAGAAUACAACUAUACAUAUCAACUAUACAUACCCCUUAAUAACCCUAAGCCCAGGGACUCUGGUACCACUACUAUACGGUCAGAAUACAACUAUACAUACCAACUAUACAUACCCCUUAAUAACCCUAAGCCCAGGGACUCUGGUACACAACUAUACGGUAAGAAUACAACUAUACAUACCAACUAUACAUACCCCUUAAUAACCCUAAGCCCAGGGACUCUGGUACACAACUAUACGGUAAGAAUACAAACUAUACAUACCAACUAUACAGACCCCAUUAAUAACCCUAAGCCCAGGGACUCUGGUACACAACUAUACGGUCAGAAUACAACUAUACAUACCAACUAUACAGACCCCUUAAUAACCCUAAGCCCAGGGACUCUGGUACACAACUAUACGGUAAGAAUACAACUAUACAUACCAACUAUACAGACCCCUUAAUAACCCUAAGCCCAGGGACUCUGGUACACAACUAUAGUAAUUAUUAGUUAAAACAAAUAAUUAAGGUAUUUUCUAAGGGGUGGGGGCAGUCUCACUCCUUUCGUAAUUAUAUAUAUUUUUGCUUUAUUGAUUAGAUGGUAAAGUGUUGGAAAGAUUGUCCCGUGUGGCUCAGUUGGUAGAGCAUGGCGCUUGCAACGCCAGGGUUGUGGGUUCGAUUCCCACAGGGGGGACCAGUACGAAAAUGUGUGCACUCGCUAACUGUAAGUGGAUAAGAGCGUCUGUUAAAUAAAUCACUAAAAUGUACCAGAUGAUAGGGAGGGGUCAAAGGGCAGUGGGCCGGAUUCCAACCAGCUGGAACCCCUGGGCCACACAGGACACAACUAGUAGUAAUUCUGGGUAAUCACAAUAGAAUGUGAUGGUAGUUCAAAGGUUUUUGUUUCAGGCUGAAUAAUGGGAUAUACACUGAGUGGACAAAACAUUAGGAACACCUUCCUGAUAUUGAGUUGCACUCAAUCAAUCAAAUCAAUCAAUCAAAUGUUAUUUAUAAAGCCCUUUUUACAUCAGCAGAUGUCAUAAAGUGCUAUACAGAAACCCAGCCUAAAACCCCAAACAGCAAGCAAUGCAGAUGGAGAAGCAGGGUGGCUAAAAACUCCCUAGAAAGGCAGGAACCUAGGAAGAAACCUAGAGAGGAACCAGGCUCUGAGGGGUGGCCAGUCCUCUUCUGGCUGUGACCGGUGGAGAUUAUAAGUACAUGGCCAUUAAGGCCAGAUUUUUCUCCAAGAUGUUCAAACGUUCAUAGAUAAUAAUAAUAAUAAUAUGCCAUUUAGCAGACGCUUUUAUCCAAAGCGACUUACAGUCAUGCGUGCAUACAUUUUUGUGUAUGGGUGGUCCCGGGGAUCGAACCCACUACCUUGGCGUUACAAGCGCCGUGCUCUACCAGCUGAGCUACAGAUGACCAGCAGGGUCAAAUAAUAAUCACAGUGGUUGUAGAGGUUGCAACAGGUCAGUACAUCAGGAGUAAAUGUCACUUGGCUUUUCAUAGCCGGGCAUUUAGAGGUUGAAAUAGCAGGUGCGGUAGAGAGAGAAAGUUGAAAACAGCAGGUCCGGGACAAGGUAGCACGUCCGGUGAACAGGUCUGGGUUCCAUAGCCGCAGGCAGAACAGUUGAAACUGGAGCAGCAGCACAACCAGGUGGACUGGGGACAGCCAGGAGUCAUCAGGCCAGGUAGUCCUGAGGCAUGGUCCUAGGGCUCAGGUCCUCUGGGAGGGGAGAGGGAGAGAGAGAGAAUUAGAGGGAGCAUACUUAAAUUCACACAGGACACCAGAUAAGACAGGAUAAUUUCACCAGAUAUAACAGACUGACCCUAGCCCCACGGCACAUAGACUAUUGCAGCAUAGAUACUGGAGGCUGAGAUGGGGAGGGUCGGGGGACACUGUGGCCCCGUCUGACGAUACACCCCCCUUUUGCCCUCAGAACAGCCUCAAUUCGUCGGGUCAUGGACUCUACAAGGUGUUGAAAGCGUUCCACAGGGAUGCUGGCCCAUGUUGACUCCAAUGCAUCCCACAGUUGUGUCAAGUUGGCUGGAUGUCCUUUGGAUGGUGGACCAUUCUUGAUACACACGGGAAACUGUUGAGCGUGAAAAACCCAGCAGCGUGACAGUUCUUGACACAAACCGGUGCGCCUGGUACCUACUACCAUACCCCGUUCAAAGACACCUAAAUAUUUUGUCUUGCCCAUUCACCCUCUGAAUGGCACACAUACACAAUCCAUGUCUCAAUUGUCUCAAGGCUUAAAAAUCCUUCUUUAACCUGUCUCCUCGCCUUCAUCUACACUGACUGAAGUGGAUUUAACAAGUGACAUCAAUAAGGGAUCAUAUCUUUCACCUGGAUUCACCUGGUCAGUCUAUGUCAUGGAAAGAGGAGGUGUUCUUAAUGUUUUGUACACGCUGUGUAUAAUUCACAUGCUGAAUAUUGAAUGUCUCUCUCUCUCGCUCUCAGGGUGAUUCUAUCCGUAGUAAAGGAGAAGAGUUGAGACUCAAGGCUCCUCUAGAUCACAUCAACCUUCACCUGAGAGAAGGAGCUGUCAUACCUACACAGGUAAACAGACACACAGUAGAUCAGCAAAUAGCUGGACGCUCCAUAUUAUUAGUAUCUACUGAGGGUUAAUAAGACAAUGACACAGUAGAUGGUCAGGCAUAGAUAUCGAAAAAACCAAUGUUUCUCUAUCUGUGUAUCUCUAUCAUAUUUCAGUGUAUGUAUCUCUCUCUCUCUAUCCCUCUGUCUCUCUCGAUCCCUCUCUCUCUGUCUCUCUCUCUCUCUAUCCCGCUGUCUCUCUCUCCCUCUCUCUCUCUCUCUCGGUCUCUCUCUCUCUCUAUAUCCCUCUUUCUCUAUCCCUCUCUCUCUAUCCCUCUGUGUCUCUCUCUCUCUCUCUAUAUCCCUCUUUCUCUAUCCCUCUCUCUCUAUCCCUCUGUCUCUCUCUCUCUCUCUCUCUCUCUCUAUCCCUCCCUCUCUCUCUCCCUCUGUAGCGUCCCAACACCACCCUGUUUGUGAGCAGUGGUCAGCCGCUCCACCUGGUGUCCAGUCUGUCUGAAGACGGCUCAGCCAGAGGAGAGCUGUUCUGGGACGACGGAGAGAGCAUCGACACCUUCGAAACCGACCAGUACGCUCACAUAGUGUUCACUGUGGUCAAGGUACGCUCCAACUACUACACAACCAUAACACAACCAUAACACAACCACUACAGACCAGUACGCUCACAUAGUGUUCACUGUGGUCAAGGACGCUCCAACCACUACACAACCACAGCACAACCACUACAGACCAGUACGCUCACAUAGUGUUCACUGUGGUCAAGGUACGCUCCAACCACUACACAACCACAAUACAACACAACCACUACAUAAACUACUGUACACAGUGAGUACUGUGGUCAAAGAAUGGUUCAACCACUACUAACACUAUAGCCAUCACAGCUGGUUCAACCACUACUAACACUAUAGCAUCACAGCUGGUUCAACCACUACUAACACUAUAGCCAUGACAGCUGGUUCAACCACUACUAACACUAUAGCCAUGACAGCUGGUUCAACCACUACUAACACUAUAGCAUCACAUCUGGUUCAACCACUACUAACACUAUAGCCAUCACAGCUGGUUCAACCACUACUAACACUAUAGCAUCACAGCUGGUUCAACCACUACUAACACUAUAGCAUCACAGCUGGUUCAACCACUACUAACACUAUAGCAUCACAGCUGGUUCAACCACUACUAACACUAUAGCCAUGACAGCUGGUUCAACCACUACUAACACUAUAGCCAUCACAGCUGGUUCAACCACUACUAACACUAUAGCCAUGACAGCUGGUUCAACCACUACUAACACUAUAGCAUCACAGCUGGUUCAACCACUACUAACACUAUAGCCAUGACAGCUGGUUCAACCACUACUAACACUAUAGCCAUCACCUCUUCUCCCUUCUCUUCCUUUUGUGUUCUAGAACACGAUGACAUCGGAGGUGCUGCACGACCACGUGGAGGCUUCCUACAUCACAGUGGAAACAGCCUCCUUCUAUGGCGUGAAGGCGGAGCCUACCAGGGUCACGGUCAACUCCCAGGAUGCUGCAUUCACCUACAGAGCCAAUCAGGUGAGGCUUGGUGUUAAAGGGGUCAGAGGUUAGGUUUUAAAGUUCAGAUUAAGUUUUAGAGCAGCCAUACUCAAAACGGGGUCAAUACGGACCGCGGGUCACAAUAAAACAUUUUAAUAAAGGAAUUUAGUCGUGCUUUCAAUUUAAUGCUGUUGACAGUUGUAAUAGUAGAAAGCACAAGGUGCAGUUUAAUUUGUAAAUGUAGUAGUACAUGGGCAGCUUUCCUCUUAUGUCAUUCACUGACGGACCUUAGAGAGCCAUUUAUAACCUGUCAGAAAUCUCCAGUUGAUCAUCUACUAGCCCAUGUUAGAUAGAUAGAUGGGUAGGUAAGUUAGGCUAACCAGCUAAGUCAACAGGUAUCAUUUGAACACACGUAAAGACAUGGCAAACUGUGUAGACUUAAAAAUGUACACUGCAUGACCAAAAGUAUGUGGACACCUGCUCGUCGAACAUCUCAUUCCAAAAUCAUGGGCAUUAAUAUGGAGUUGGUCCCCCCUUUGCUGCUAUAACAGCCUCCACUCUCGUGGGAAGGAUUUCCACUAGAUGUUGGAACAUUGCUGCGGAGACUUCCAUUCAGCCACAAGAGCAUUAGUGAGGCCGGGCACUGAUGUUGGGCGAUUAGGCCUGGCUCGCAGUCGGCAUUCCAAUUAAUCCCAAAGGUGUUCGAUGGGGUUGAGGUCAGGGCUCUGUACUGGCCAGUCAAGUUCUUCCACACCGAUCUCGACAAACCAUUUCUGUAUGGACCUCGCUUUGUGCAUGGGGGCAUUGUCAUGCUGAAACAGGAAAGGGCCUUCCCCAAACUGUUGGAAGCACAGAAUUGUCUAGAAUGUCAUUGUAUGCUAUAGCGUUAAGAUUUAGUUUCACUGGAACUAAGGGGGCUGGCCUGAACCAUGAAAAACAGCCCCAGACCAUUAUUCCUCCUCCACCAAACUUUACAGUUGGCACUAUGCAUUGGGGCAGGUAGCGUUCUCCAGGCAUCCGGCAAACCCAGAUUUGUCUGUCAAACUGCCAGAUGGUGACGCGUGAUUCAUCACUCCAGAGAACUCGUUUCCACUGCUCCAGAGUCCAAUUGGGGUGAGCUUUACACCACUCCAGCCGACUCUUGGCAUUGCACAUGGUGAUCUUAGGCUCGUGUGCGGCUGCUCUGCAAUGGAAACCUAUUUCAUGAAGCUCCUGACGAACAGUUAUUGUGCUGACGUUGCGUCCAGAGGCAGUUUGGAACUCUGUAGGGAGUGUUGCAACCGAGGACUGAUGAUUUUUACUCGCCAGUCCCAUUCUGUGAGCUUCUGUGGCCUACCACUUCACAGCUGAGCCGUUGUUGCUCCUAGACGUUUCCACUUCACAGCUGAGCCGUUGUUGCUCCUAGACGUUUCCACUUCACAGCUGAGCCGUUGUUGCUCCUAGACGUUUCCACUUCAUAAUAACAGCACUUACAGUUGACCGGGGCAACUCUAGCAGGGCAGAAAUGUGACAAACUGACUUGUUGGAAAGGUGGCAUCCUUUCCAUAGGAUGCCACGUUGAAAGUCACUGAGCUCUUCAGUAAGGCCAUUCUACUGCCAAUGUUUGUCUAUGGAGAUUGCAUGGCCGUGUGCUCUAUUUUAUACACCUGUCAGCAACAGGUGUGGCUGAAAUAGCCGAAUCCACUAAUUUGAAGGGGUGUCCACAUACUUCUGUGUGUACAUACAGUGGCAAGAAAAAGUAUAUGAACCCUUUGGAAUUACCUGGAUUUCUGCAUAAAUUGGUAAUAAAAUGUAAUCUGAUCUUCAUCUAAGUCACAACAAUAGACAAACACAGUGUGCUUAAACUAAUAACACACAAAUUAUUGUAUUUUUAUUGUCUAUAUUGAAUACAUAAUUUAAACAUUCACAGUGUAGGUUGGAAAAAGUAUGUGAACCCCUAGGCUAAUGACUUCUCCAAAAGCUAAUUGGACUCAGGUGUCAGCUAAACUGAGACAAGAUUGAAGAUGUUGGUUAGCGCUGCCCUGCCCUACAAAAAACACUCACAAAAUGUGAGUUUGCUAUUCACAAGAAGCAUUGGCUGAUGUGAACCAUGCCUCGAACAAAAUAGAUCUCAGAAGACCUAAGGUUAAGAAUGGUUGACUUGCGUAAAGCAGGAAAGGGUUACAAAAGUAUCUCUAAAAGCCUUGAUGUUCAUCAGUCCACGGUAAGACAAAUUGUCUAAAAAUGGAGAAAGUUCAGGACUGUUGCUUCUCUCCCUAGGAGUGACCGUCCUGUAAAGAUGACUGGAAGAGCACAGCGCAGAACGCUCAAUGAGGUUAAGAAGAAUCCUAGUGUCAGCUAAAGACUUACAGAAAUCUCUGGAACAUGCUAACAUCUCUGUUGACGAGUCUACGAUACGUAAAACACUAAACAAGAAUGGUGUUCAUGGGAGAACACCACGGAAGAAGCCACUGCUGUCCCAAAAAAAACAUUGCUGCACGUCUGAAGUUCACAAAAGAGCACCUGGAUGUUCCACAGCGCUACUGGCCAAAUAUUCUGUGGACAGAUGAAACUAAAGUUGAGUUGUUUGGAAGGAACACACAACACUAUGUGUGGAGAAAAAAAGGCCCAGCACACCAACAUCAAAACCUCAUCCCAACUGUAAAGUAUGGUGGAGGGAGCGUCAUGGUUUGGGGCUGCUUUGCUGCCUCAGGGCCUGGACAGCUUGCUAUCAUCGAGGGGAAAAAUGAAUUCCCACGUUUUAUGAAGACAUUCUGCAGGAGAAUGUAAGGUUAUCUGUCCACCAGCUGAAGCUCAACAGAAGUUGGGUGACGCAACAGGACAACGCCCAAAACACAGAAGUAAAUCAACAACAGAAUGGCUUCAAUAGAAGAGAAUACGCCUUCUGGAGCGGCCCAGUCAGACUCCUGACCUCCUGGCCCAGUCAGAGUCCCGACCUCCUGGCCCAGUCAGAGUCCUGACCUCCUGCUCGCCAGUCAGAGUCCCGACCUCCUGGCCCAGUCAGAGUCCCGACCUCCCGGCCCAGUCAGAGUCCCGACCUCCUGGCCCGGUCAGAGUCCUGACCUCCUGGCCCGGUCAGAGUCCCGACCUCCUGGCCCGGUCAGAGUCCCGACCUCCUGGCCCAGUCAGAGUCCCGAACUCACCCAAUUGAGAGCUGCAGACCUCAGAGCAGGUUCACAGCCAGACCUCCGCCAGCAGAUAUGCUGAACUGCAACAGUUGUAAGCGGAACUCGGUCCAACAAUCCCGACCGGUACAGGCCGUCUGAUCCACACCUACAGAAAACGCGUAUUGAGUUGAUUCUGCCAAACGAGCCGUCACCCAGUAGUUUAAUCCAGGUCCACAUGACUCCCACCCUGCCAGUCAAUGUUCACACCGUCUGGCAUGUUCAAUAAGACAUGAAACCAGUAGAGUACUUCUUGUGCUGUUAUUAGUUUCCAGCCCUGGUGUUCGCUCUGCGUUGGUGACUUAGCAGUGAAGAUCAGAUCACCCAUUUCAGAGUACCCAACUCUGCACAUCAGGUACACUCCAAGGCCCGUACAUAUGUUUACUCUGCCAUUUUGUAUUCCGCCAACAAGGGCUCUGGCCGUGAACAGCCUCUGGUAGCAUGGGUGAUCUGGCAGUGGGAGUUUGUACUACGACACAGGUCGACUACCUGCAUACCAUCCGGUGACCUUGUGCCCAGAGAGGUGACAUCUGGCAGUUAGAGUACCCCGCCCGUGGUUCGAGAAAAUAAUCUGUGCCUUUGUAGUCCGUAUCCUCUCUGCCUCUCUCUCCUCAUCAUCCCGACCUCUGUCUUUCCAACCCGACUCCUUCCUGUCUCCCACCUCCUGGGUAGACCGUCGACCUCAGGCCUGGUCAGAUCCCGACUCCUGGCCGUCAGAGUCCCGACCUCCUGGCCCGUCAGAGUCCCGACCUCCUGGCCCGGUCAGAGUCCCGACCUCCUGGCCCGGUCAGAGUCCCGACCUCCUGGCCCGGUCAGAGCCCCGACCUCCUGGCCCGGUCAGAGCCCCGACCUCCUGGCCCGGUCAGAGCCCCGACCUCCUGGCCCAGUCAGAGCCCCGACCUCCUGGCCCAGUCAGAGUCCCGACCUCCUGGCCCAGUCAGAGUCCCGACCUCCUGGCCCAGUCAGAGUCCCGACCUCCUGGCCCGGUCAGAGUCCCGACCUCCUGGCCCGGUCAGAGUCCCGACCUCCUGGCCCAGUCAGAGUCCCGACCUCCUGA